AUGAUUGUUAAAUGCAAUUACCUGUCAAUUAUUGUGUUACUAUUAUAUUGUACAUCAUUGACGGUAUCUCAAGAGGACUAUCAAACUGUCCACUGCGGGCCACCCGACUAUUAUCUCUGUCGUAACGGCAAUUGUUUGCCCGAAAGCCUUGUAUGUGAUGGAGACAAUGAUUGCGGAGACGGAUCUGAUGAGCACCCGAUGAUGUGCUCUGAUGUCAAGUGUGAUGAAGAAAACGAGUUCCGAUGCGAUUCGGGUCGUUGUGUGACUAAAGCGGCUAAAUGUGACCGACAGAAGCAAUGUAGAGAUGGCUCAGAUGAAAGAGGAUGUGACUACCCUCCCUGUCCCGAUAACAUGUUUUCUUGUGCUAACAAUAGUAUGUGUUUACCAAUGGAGGAGGUUUGCGAUGGAACUAUUGAUUGUAAAGAUGGAUUAGCAUCGGAUGAAAUGCACCCGAAUCCCUGUCCACGAAACGUGACAUGUCCUUCAUAUGCAUUCAAGUGCACCAAUACUAAUGUGUGCGCUCUUCCCAAUUGGAUGUGUGACGGAGAGAAUGAUUGCGGUGACAAUUCAGAUGAAGACGUCAACAAUUGCAAGAACUUUGACUGUCCUGAGGAUUGGUUUAGAUGUGCUGACAAUAGAUGUAUACCAAUGAAUACUGUAUGCAAUGGUGUGAUUGACUGCAAGGACGGACUGGCGUCCGAUGAGAGACACCCGAACCCGUGUCCCCGAAACGUGACCUGUCCGCACGAUUUCUUUAGUUGUGAUGAGACCAACAUAUGUGCGCACCCACACUGGUUAUGCGAUGGUAGCGAUGAUUGUGGCGACAAAUCAGAUGAAAAUCCUGAGCGCUGUGCAGCACAGGUGUGUCCAGAAGGUUGGUUUCGAUGCUCUAAUAACCGAUGUAUUCCUCCCAACUGGCGGUGCGAUGGAGGUGUCGAUUGUCGUAAUGGCGAAGACGAGGCUCAAUGUGAUAGUAUUGAAUCAUUAAGCGAAACAACAAAUGGUACACAACCAAUAGUACCGGUGCCAUCGGCACCAGUAGCUAAUAGUCCAGUUACCAACCGAACGGUGCUCAAGUCAGCUCAAAAAGCACCGGUAGCUUCACAAGCAUCAGCCCAGUCAGCCGCCAAAAGCAGCCAAUCAAUGCUCGAACCGCCCACUUCUGGUUCGGCGUCAUUCCACCCGAGACGCCGGUGA